GUGCAGUACCUUUUAGUACUACCACCAGAGCGCCGUCAAGAAUCAGAGAAAGGAUUUCACUUUCUAUCAGUGAGAACGAAAGUUGAAGUGUUGAAUUCUUUGCGGAAAGCGCACAAGACCAGUUUUAUCUGUUAACAUAUUUCGUAAUUUUGCAGCUCAGUUCGUUCAACCACGAGGUUUUAUAAUAUAGGUAAUUUUUUUGUUUUCGGGAUUUUCAUACGCUGUUUGUGGGAUAAGUGACAUAAGUUGCUGCGCAAAUUGGAUAGUUUCAGCACCGAAAAGAUGGGCAUCGACAAAGAAGGAGCGAAUUUGGAGGAGGUGAAAACUGAUGACGAUAAGGUGAAGAAAAUGUUUGGUUGGAGCAACUAUGCUAUGAGAGAGGGUUCAGCGAUGGGUGAGAAGGUGGAACCAGUGGUUCCAGGACCGGACUUAGUAGGAGUUAGCGUGGAAAAACCUUCGCCUCUAAACCACCAACAAUCUACAGUAUGGAGCAAAAGGAAACAGGCUGUUUGUGUCAGGCACGCCUACAAGCACUAUGGGUCGAAAAAAAAGCCAAACCACGUCCUCAGCAACCUUAACAUGACAGUAGCAAAGGGUACAAUAUACGGCCUUUUAGGAGCCUCUGGUUGUGGCAAAACCACCCUGUUGUCCUGCAUAGUGGGCAGGAGAAGGCUGAACUCAGGAGAGAUCUGGGUACUUGGAGGCAAACCGGGCACCAAAGGUUCUGGAGUUCCCGGUAAGAGAGUGGGAUACAUGCCUCAAGAGAUCGCCCUGUAUGGUGAGUUCUCGAUCAGAGAGACCAUGAUGUACUUCGGUUGGAUCUUUGGUAUGCUCUCUCCAGAAAUCGACGAAAGGCUGCAGUUUUUACUCAACUUCUUGGACUUGCCGAGCCAAAACAGGCUGGUUAAGAAUCUCAGUGGUGGUCAGCAGAGGAGAGUAUCAUUCGCAGUGGCUCUAAUGCACGAUCCCGAACUUUUGAUCCUCGACGAACCCACAGUAGGUGUGGAUCCUUUGCUGCGUCAAAGUAUUUGGAAUCACCUUGUACAAAUCACCAAGGACGGAAAUAAGACUGUGAUCAUCACCACCCAUUACAUUGAAGAGGCCAGACAAGCACACACGAUCGGGCUGAUGAGGAGUGGUAAGCUAUUGGCUGAAGAAUCCCCUCACGUCUUGCUCUCCAUGUACGGUUGUCAAUCGCUGGAGGAGGUCUUCCUGUUGCUAUCGAGGGCUCAAGGUCAGAUAGGUGGCGUCCAGGUGCCACCAGACGCUAACAUCAGCAACAACAUCAGUUUGGCGUCGCUGAACUGGAACAAGAAAGACGCCAUAUCUGUAACAGAAGAGAGUGGAGUUGUUGGUUUGAAUUUCCAUCAGAGCAAAGAGGUUCUUAUACACGAUGGAACGAAUGGACAUAUUGAGUUGGGAAAAGAAUCCUCCUCCAAAAGCGGCCUCUCUGAGGCCUGCGACGACUGCACCGGAUGCUCGGACUGGACCACCAGCGGCAAGAUAAAGGCCCUCCUCCAGAAGAACUUCCUCAGGAUGUGGAGGAACGUGGGAAUAAUGCUCUUCAUCUUCGCCCUGCCGGUCAUGCAGGUCAUCCUCUUCUGCCUCGCCAUCGGUAGAGACCCGCAGGGUCUGAAGCUGGCCAUCGUCAACCACGAGAAGAACUACACCAACAUGACGUACCAAGAGUGUGACUUCCCCUACGGCUGCAAGUUCAGCAACCUGAGCUGUAGGUACCUGCAGAACCUGAAGAAUUCAACGAUAGACAAGCUGUAUUACCCGGAUCCAGAAUCGGCUGUGGAAGCUGUUAGGAAAGGAGACGCCUGGGGGGCACUUUACUUCACGGAGAACUUUACUGACGCCUUGGUUGCCCGUAUGGCGCUUGGUAAGGACUCUGACGCUGAGACUUUGGACCAGAGCGAGGUCAGGGUUUGGCUGGACAUGUCUAAUCAGCAAAUAGGUGUAAUUCUCCAGAGGGAUCUACAGCUGUCGUAUCAGGACUUCGCGAAGGACCUGCUAGGGUCUUGCGAGCAAAACCCGGAUCUGGCAGAGAUACCGAUAUCUUUUCAAGAACCUAUAUACGGAUCUAAAACGCCUUCUUUCACUGAUUUCGUAGCACCCGGUGUUAUUCUAACGAUUGUGUUCUUCUUGGCUGUGGCUCUGACUUCGUCUGCUCUCAUCAUAGAAAGGAUGGAAGGUCUCUUGGACAGGUCUUGGGUAGCUGGUGUAUCUCCAGGUGAGAUCCUCUUCUCCCACGUGGUCACCCAAUUCGUGGUCAUGUGCGGCCAAACAGCCCUCGUGUUAAGCUUCAUGAUCCUCGUCUUCGGCGUCCAAUGCAAAGGAGACAUAAUCUGGGUGGUCAUCCUAACCAUCCUCCAAGGUCUCUGCGGUAUGUGCUUCGGUUUCGUCAUCAGCGCCAUCUGCGAACUGGAAAGAAACGCCAUCCAACUGGCCUUGGGCAGCUUCUACCCAACCCUCCUAUUAUCCGGCGUAAUCUGGCCGAUAGAGGGCAUGCCGACCAUCCUCAGAUACAUAUCAACCUUCCUGCCUCUCACCCUGGCCACCACCUCCCUGAGGGCGAUGCUCACCAGGGGUUGGAGCAUGGUCGAACCCGACGUCUACUACGGCUUCAUCUCCACCAUUGUCUGGAUAGUGCUCUUCUUGACAAUUAGUUUAAUAGUGCUCAGAUUCAAGCGGGGUUGAUGAGACCAGAUGGGUGAAGAAGAAGAGGAACCCAAACUCAGUGAACUUAUAGUGCUCUAUGAACUCGUCCAGAACCGUUGUAUGUGAUUAUUUAUUUGCCGGAGGUCGACUCCGAUCGAAGCGAAUGAAUGAUGUCCAGACCUCGUGAGGUUGUUUUAGUCAUAAUUUAUAUCGGAACUUGCCUCUAAAAAAAAAAAGAAGAAGCACCACCUUCAGAUUUAUCCGCAUUUUUUUUGUAUACCAAAUGAUUUCUGACUGUUGCUCAAGAUAGUUGAUGACUCUGUACAGUUCUCUUUCUCGCCCUGGGAUUAAGGAGAGCAAUAUCUGGGACUGCUGGAAAUUAAGUUUCUGGGAGUUUCAGACUCGUAUGCUCAAAAAAAAGUUUAAUUUUAUGACAUUUUUGUUAAUAGAUGGUAAUGUGAUGUUUUGUUUUAGUAUAGGAAAUUUGUAAAUUUUA